AUGGCCGUCUGCCCCAACGCCUGGCUCGAGGAAACUAUCCAGGCGCAGCUCCUUUUAGGCAGCCACUGGUUACGGCAGAGGUACGAGCAGAAAGCAUCUGGCGUCCGAUUCAAGCUGGAUAGGGACUGGGAGGGUGUCUACCACGACAACGGUUCCUGCCUAGAUAUAAUUGAUCACAUAGACCCUGAGAGCAACAGUACACUGCAAACCAAUCCGCUCACCCUUACCGACGGCCUGCAUCGAAUCGUCGCCCAUAUCACGCCCUGCACCUAUUCACGAUUUCCCGAGGGCACUGUUAUUUCCGUCCAUAGUUACACCAUACGACACACAUCCUACGGGCCACGGCGGGACAGACUGCGCUUCAUACUGCAUCAGGUGGAUUGGGUAGGCGCAAACUUCAUCAACGUCUACAAAAACUCUCCACACAUACGACCCCUUGAUAAGAGCGAGAAAAUCUGCGAAUUGGUCCAGGAGCUACGCAAGACCCGCGCGCAGGAAGACUUUCGACGCCUAGCAAAAUAUAGCGAGCCCAAAGUGCCUGAGCCCGUAAUGGCUGCACCAGAUGAUGAUGAAAACCCUCAUUCUCAGGCGGCGUAUACUCAGCUAGCGUCCGCGACGCAGGCGCCUCGCCCCAUUCCAUCUCGUUCAAAGGGAAAUGAGCCUGUCCUGGCGGGUGAUACACAACGGGGGGAAGUAGAAGAAGACGCUGCUAAGUUGCUCAGCCUUCUCGAUCAUUUAAACACCGGGAAACCAAGAGCAGUGGCUUCUGAUGAUUCCAUGCCAAAUACUAUUAGUAGACAGCCAACUGUUCCUGGAUCACCUACAUCUCCCAAAGCCACGUCCGCCACGCCUCAAUUACCACCACCACGAGAAGAAUCAGAGAUUGAACCUGUACAUUGGGAAUCACCCGCCCCAGCCCACCGCAAGAAGCGACGGAAAGAAGCUAGCACUGCUAAGACCAAGUCCGCACAGGCCGCUCAGCUUGACUUCUCUACACAGAGAGAUGAUGAGCCCAGAAAAGCUACUACCCACAUUUCUCAAUGCUCCUGGAUGCAGGGUAUUAUUUUUAAUCGCGACACGCUCAAAGUGCCUAAGCUACAACAAGAAUGCCUGAGUAAAGAUACAAGCUGGCUAAAGCCACAACCUGGACUGCAGCCAUUUCAAAAUGGCAACAUGCCCCAAUCAAUCCUUCAGGUGAUUAAUCGCAUAGCUGAUGAGAGGGCUACGAUGGAAGACGGGGUCAAUACGGAUGAUGAAUCUGACGUCGAUCCCUCACCUGACUCUUUACCUCUCCCAACGCAGAAUGACGAGGUUGCGAGUACCGUGUCUUGGUCUCCCAGUCCGGAGCCACCACAAAUGCCAGUAAAACCUGUGCAAGGACUCCCACCCGACUCUAGUAUCGAGAAACAAACUUCAAGUGCAGAGCAUACAUCCGGCUCACAAGCAAAGCUAUCCACUCAACAAUCUGAACAAGUCGAUUCAGACGAGGAAAUGGAAGAUUUCCUCCCGCAAGCACUGGGUGAAGAUCUAGCAGAAGCGGGGAAAUCGGACUCAGCUGAUAACCGACCCUCAUCACUCCCUGAGAAAGCACGGUCUUUUGUCCAGGUGAGAGAGACGCCUGUCGCAAAAAGUAAAAUUUUCAAGGGCGCCGUUUCCGACGCAUGUGCAAAGGAAGGGUCAGAGGCAAGCAGCCAAGAGCCACAUGCGGCAUCUACGUCAAUCGUUCAGAGUACAUACGAUAUGUCAAAAGCCAACGCCACUACCGAAGCUGAGCGCGAUCAUGUUGCUGUAGUGGAAGAUCCAGAGCCUGUUUUACAGGACGAGAUUCCGGAUGCCAAGCAAUCUGAAGCUGAAGCGCACGACAGCCGGAUGGUUGAUGCGCAGGAUGUGCGAACAUCUGGCGAACAGUUGACAAGAAUAGUACCAGUCCGAGAAGAAGACUCCAAGAACGCUGCGCCUUUGAUAGCAGGGACUUCAGUUGGAAAUGCAGCGCCUACUGUUCCAGCAAACGUACCACCAAACCCUAAGCAACUGCCCUCAAAAAAUAGCGACUCGGAAAUGUCGCCAAGCAUCCCUCAGCCUACUUCUAAAGCGAUCAAACGAAAACUUGCUAAUUCUCCGGAUAAGAGUGGCCGAAAACAGUCAAAGAGGCGAGAGAUCAAGAUUGUGGGAUUCAGUAACGAUGUUGUGCCUGUUACCGUUGACCCAGUAGCGGCGCUGCGCAAGGAGCGAGAAGAAUCGCUGCGCAGGUUUCAAGAAGAACGAGAACGCAGAUCAAGUGCAAACAUCGAUAGUCGACGUGGAGCUGCAGCCUCGAUUGCAAAGGGAGAGGAUGUCGAUAAGAUGGAUGUUGAGAGGGGACCUCCACGUGCGAUGUCUCCUCGACAUCAGAGCUUGUAUGAUGAGCCAAGUCCUAUGAGAGAACGCACUACGUAUCCAACCUCGCAAUCCGUCUCAACAACUGCCAAGAACAAACUUCCACCACAAUUGAACCACCAAUCCUCUGGUCGUGCAACCGAGAAGGCGCCAACAGAGCAGCCUUCCGCAAAGUCUGAUCAGAAUGGCCAUAAGACCAUCUUUCAGACCUUCAAAGAGGCGUACCCAGAGUACACUGGGGAUCUGAACCAUUUCAAGAAACAGUGCGAACAAAUGUACAAGCUCGAGCAAGAAGAUAAGAUGGUGCCAAAGUGGCAGUGGGACGAUUUCAUCAUUCGAAACAGAACAGACUACAAACAGUAUGCCAUGGAAUGCAUCGACCAAGGAGAGAGUCCAGAACCUUAUCACCGCUUCUACAAAGACAACAUACGCGACACGCUCUACAACAAGGGCAUCAUUAAAACCACAAAGGUGCUGCAGAACGCACUCGAUGAAAUGAACGGUCAACCCACGCAACUUCAACCUCAACCAGCACAAGCACGCGCGCCCGAGAAACGUCCCUAUCAGCCACCCACAACACACUCACCACACCCAACCCAACGAACAAACCCGCACCCCAACCCCACACCCACACCAACCAGAAAACCACAAUCCUCCAGAAAAUCCCUUCCCUCAACAUUCCACCAACCCAAACCAACCCCACAACCCCGCAUCAACAACGCCCACCCUCGCCCCCGGCACUCCCUCGCAACCCAACAACCCCAACCACGACCCCGUCCCCCAGCCCGCCAAUCCACCUCUGCCAUCCCCGCCUCCACCAGCGUCCCCCAACCCACAACCGAAGAAACCACCGGCGAUCCCUUCCGCGACUACUAUUUCGCCGUCCAGCGCUCCACGUCUUGGACCGGUAGCACAGAAGUGAGUCCAAAGCCCUCCAGCAGUCGCACCGCUAGAAAACCUUCGCGGGACUAA